CAUCAACGACGUCGUGCUCCUCCGCAAGCUCUUCGACGUCGUACCCUUCACGCACGUCAUGCACUUGGCCGCGCAGGCCGGGGUCCGCUACGCGAUGCAGAACCCUGGAUCCUACGUUCAUAGCAACAUCGCAGGCUUCGUGAACCUUUUAGAGGCCUGCAAAAACGCGAACCCGCAGCCCUCGGUGGUUUGGGCCUCCUCCAGCUCUGUCUACGGGCUCAAUUCGAAGGUUCCUUUCUCGGAGAAGGACCGUACAGAUCAACCGGCGAGUCUCUACGCGGCAACGAAGAAGGCUGGCGAGGAAAUCGCUCACAGCUAUAACCACAUAUAUGGGCUUUCCAUAACUGGACUUCGGUUCUUCACGGUUUAUGGGCCAUGGGGUAGGCCCGACAUGGCGUAUUUCUUCUUCACGAAGGAUAUUCUCAAGGGAAAGCAGAUUACCAUAUUUGAGUCCCCCGAUGGUGGAACUGUGGCGAGGGAUUUCACCUACAUUGACGAUAUUGUGAAGGGGUGUUUGGGGGCUUUGGAUACGGCCAAGAAGAGUACUGGGAGUGGCGGGAAGAAGAAAGGGCCUGCGCAAUUGAGGAUUUUUAAUUUGGGGAAUACUUCCCCUGUGCCUGUGAGUGAGCUUGUUGCGAUUUUGGAGAAGCUUCUCAAGGUGAAAGCUAAGAAGAAGGUGCUUCCCAUGCCAACAAAUGGAGAUGUGAAGUUCACUCAUGCUAAUAUUAGUUUGGCCUACAGGGACCUUGGAUACAGGCCUACCACUGAUUUGGAGACCGGCCUUAGGAAGUUUGUGAAGUGAUACCUUGAAUUUUACUCCAAGAAGAGCUCUUGGUGAAUGGUGAUGUGAUUCUUUUGCUUUGCUGCAUAAGUCAUUGUUCCCUGCCCCUAUUCUUUUGGCGCCCUGUUGAUGAUUGUAUUUGGGGGUUUAGGGUGAUCUACCAUCAUGUUCUGCUCUGUCAUUUUUCUUGUAAUUUUGGGUUUUCUCAUUUUCAUUUGAAUGCC